AUGCAUCUCUCUCGUUACCUCCCUGCUGCCGCCCUUUUGGGUGUGCCGGCUUUGGCUCAGCAUCACGGUGCCGAAGACCCCUUCAAGGUCUAUACCAUCAGUGCGGAUAAUAUCACCGCCAAGCUGAUCCCCUACGGAGCCCGUCUCACCUCUCUCCUCGUCCCGGACCGCAAUGGAGACGUCCAGGACAUCGUCGUCGGCUUCGAUGACCCCAAGCAAUAUCGCGCCAACGAUCUGGGUGAUCACAACUACUUUGGCCCCGUCGUCGGCCGCUAUGCCAACCGCAUCAAAAACGGUACUUUCUCCGUCGAUGGAAAAGAAUAUCACAUCGCCAAGAACGAGAAAGGUGGCUAUGACACCCUUCACGGAGGCAAGGUCGGCUACGACCAGCGCAACUGGACUGUCACCUCGCACACCAAGGAUUCUGUCACCUUCACCCUCCUGGACCAGGGCUUGGAGGACUUCCCCGGCGACGUGAUCACCCACGCCACCUUCAGCGUCGAGACCAAGGUUACCCCCGAGAACCCCGACGGUCUCCCGCAAUUGACCAGCAAGCUGAUCUCGCUGGCUCUCACCGAGGCUACUCCUAUCAUGCUCUCCAACCACAUUUACUGGAACCUGAACGGCUUCAAGAAGGAGAACAUCCUCGACGACGUCACUCUGCAGCUGCCCCUGUCCAAGCGCAUCAUCGGCACUGAUUCGAUCCUCAUUCCCAACGGCGACCUCCUGGAUGUGGACACCGCCUACAACGGCGCCGCCGACUUCACCUCUCCCAAGCUCGUCGGUCAGGAUAUCAAGGACGCCGAUGGACUCUGCGGCGCCGGUUGCACUGGCUACGACAACUGCUUCAUUGUCGACCGUCCCGCCUCGUACGCCUCCGCGAACUCCAUCGUUCCCAUCCUCCGUAUGAGCUCCAAGGCCACUGGCAUCAGCAUGGAGGUGGCGACCAACCAGCAGGCUCUCCAGAUCUACUCCUGCAACGGUCUGAAGGGCACCAUCCCCGUCAAGGCAUCUCAGCUCAAGCGCAACAAGGAGGAGGGCAUUAAGGGCGCCGAGGUUAUCAACAAGUACGGCUGCCUCGUCGUCGAGACCGAGGGCUGGAUCGAUGGUAUCAACCAGCCCCAGUGGGGCCAGCUCCCGGAUCAGAUCUACUCUCCCAACACCGGUCCGGCCGUCAACUGGGCCACCUACCAGUUCGGCACGAUAUAA